AUUGACUACUCAGAACCACUAUCUCGUCGCCAACCUCAAUCAAUUUCUACUCUUAGUAUCAUCAAUCAAAGGCUCCUGCAUCAAUAAUGAAGAAGAUCAACGCAGCUCUUUUUGCAGUGUUGAGUCUGGUGGUCACACUCUCACUACUUAAGGAAGUGUAUUUGGCAGAAGCAGCAUGCAGCGCGACGGAGUUAAGCUCAUGUGCACCAGCUUUCACAUCGUCGUCGCCACCUUCGGCCGUUUGCUGCAGCAAGCUCAAGGCGCAGAAGCCGUGCUUCUGUCAGUACUUGAAGGAUCCAAAUCUGAAGCAAUAUGUGAGCUCUCCCAAUGCUAAGAAAGUUGCCAGUACUUGCGGUGUCACCUUGCCUAAAUGUUAAAUCAAAGCUUAUUAUCAUAAGCUUAUGAACGUGAGUUUUAUUAUGAAUAAAUAAGGAGUAAUAGUAAUAGUAAUAGUAAAGAACGGUGUGUUUUGUUUAUCCUUAUGUGUACUCCACGUCUCUACUCACGGAGAUGAAAUAAUAUUUAACUGUUUUGUGUUUGUUUA